AUGUCUAGGGAGCUGAGCUCAGGGCUGACAACCCUGACUUGUAAGAAAAUAAUUGUUACAGAAACAGCAACGAGGAACUUAUCUAUAACUGUGGAAGAGAACCUUCCAAGUGCCAACAUAGGAACAAGUAUGACUGAUGGUAGUGAAAGCCAUGAGGAAGCUACCAACACGACAAAGGAGGCCCUUAACACGGCCAAGACAAAAACCCGAAUUGGUUUUUGGAAUGUAAGAACAAUGUACGCUGCAGGGAAAGUAGCACAGAUAACAGCAGAAAUGCAGCGUUACAAGCUACACAUCUUAGGCAUAAGUGAAAGCAGAUGGACAGAAUUUGACAAGAUAAGAACAACAACAGGAGAGACAGUGUUAUACUCUGGGAGAGAAGAUGGAAAACAUCAUGAAGGAGUAGCCUUUAUUUUGAAGAAAGGAAUUGAAAAGACAUUGAUGGAGUGGAAACCAGUAAACAGCAGAUUGAUUAUUGCAAGAUUUAAAGGAAAACUAAUCAACAUGACGUUGUUCCAGUGUUAUGCCCCAACUAACGAUAGCAGCGAAGAGUCUAAAGAUGCAUUUUACGAACAAAUUCAGAACGAACUGGACAGAACACCACAACAUGACAUCAAAAUUAUUAUGGGAGACAUGAAUGCAAAAGUUGGAUCCAGCAACAUGCAUUAUGAUAGAGCAAUGGGAAAACAUGGUUGUGGCUACAUGAACGAAAAUGGUGAAAGAUUAGCAGAGUUCUGUACCACAAAUAACUAUGUCAUAGGAGGUACCCUUUUUCCACAUCGUGACAUCCAUAAACUUACCUGGUAUUCUCCCAACCAUAGAGUCAAGAACCAGAUAGACCACAGCAUGAUAAACGGAACCUGGAGACGAUCUCUGCUAGAUGUAAGAGUCAAAAUAGGUGCUGACAUAGAGAGUGACCACCAUCUAGUAACUGCUCUUAUCAAACUCAAACUUCGAGGGACUAAGCAAGUACAAAAAACAGUUAGACGUUUCGAUAUUGAUAGGCUCAAAGAUACCAGAGUCAAGAAUGAAUUCUCCAUCCAAGUCAAAAACAGAUUUCAAGCACUUCAAAACCUACCAAAACUAGAUAAAAGAGACUCCAUUGAUUAA